GUGGGCUGCCUGGCUGGCUGGCUAGCUUGCUAGGUGUGCGGGGGUUUGGGGAGGGGAAGAAGGAAAGAGGCGUGGGUCAAGUGCACACAUUAAAUACCCAAGGCCGCUUCUUCCCACCCCCUUCGGGGGCCUGUUUCAGCCUGCCAUGUCUGGAGAAGCUCCCGCCGGCGACCAGGCUGCUGAAUAUGUCCCAGAAAAAGUAAAGAAAGCUGAAAAGAAUCUAGAAGAGAAUCCAUAUGACCUUGACGCUUGGAGCAUUCUCAUUCGAGAGGCACAGAAUCAACCUAUAGACAAAAGCACGGAAGACCUAUGAACGCCUUGUUGCCCAGUUCCCAAGUUCUGGCAGAUUCUGGAAACUGUACAUUGAAGCUGAGAUAAAAGCAAAAAAAAACUAUGACAAAUUAGAAAAGCUGUUUCAGAGGUGCCUUAUGAAAGUUUUA